UUUGAUUUUACUUCAUUAUUUUUUUUUUUUUUUGAUAUGACUGGUGCAACCAAUACAUUAUAUAUUCUUCCUAAAUCAUUAUAUUCCAAUGUAGGGGUACUUUUAUUAUGGGAAAAGGGAGUGCAAGAUAAAUAUACGUUGACGGCAGUGGAUUUGGAAGGCAAUGAGCACAAUCGACCUGAUUUUGUUCGACUGAAUCCAGCUGGCAAAGUGCCUGUUCUUGUUCAUGAUGGACAAGUAAUCCCUGACUCGCUUUCCAUUGCUCAAUUUCUAGAUCAGGAUGGGUCAUUACGAGCCCAUGAUCCGGAAGUUGUGUCCUUUGUGGAAGAAUGGCGGCAAAUCAGUGUCAAGGCCUUGGUGCUUGCCGAGCAACCCGUAGACGAAAAAGCGUUAGCGGCACAUGCUGAAAAGAUCGCGGCAGAUCGUGCAGAGAUGGUAGCUUAUCAACAGCAACAUCCAGAUUUGGACUAUGCCCUUCGAUUGUCCCUGUUUGAUUUACGUGCACAAUGGCUCCUUGAUCCUGUGGUCUUUCAUCGCCACCAACAAUCAUGGUACGCUGUGCUUGAUCAUUGCGAAACUGUCUUAAGCUCUGGAUCGCCUUAUCUUGUCGGUAAUACCCAUUCCCUGGCUGAUGUCUUUGCCACCGCAUUCAUCUGGUCUGGAAACCGUCAUUUGGCUCAUCCUGAAACUAUCUUUGCUGGUCGUCCUCAUCUCCAACAAUACUAUGAUCGUCAAUCGAAACGUCCUGCUGUUAUCCAUGCUCUUUUCGAAUGAUAUCAAACAUAAUAAAAAUAAAAAUAAAAAUGA